AUGUGGAAAGGCAAAGGGGACGCGCAGAACGGCGACCAGCUGGAGCCUGAAGCUCCUCACGACGAUGGAGCUUCAGGAAGAGCUUCAAGAAGAAGUUACGAGCCUUCAAGACGUACUGUCGAGUCUCAUGAGGAGCCGACUGAGCGAACAAGACUGCUUGAUCGUCCUAGACCUGGCCCUAACGCCGAUGGCUACCUCGACCCAGAUGACCCAGCUGUAUCGCCUUACAACCUAUGGACGGUUCGUGCUAUGCGGUAUCUGACCAUACUCUUCCUCAUCGUCACUUUCCUGUGGUGGGUCAUUCUGCUGGUCUCCAUCUUUGUCUCUCCUCCUGGUCUCCACACCCGUGGCUCUGGCUUCUUCGACUUCGCCUACACAUGUCUCACCCUUGGUAACCUCCUUGUGGUCACCAUUUUCUUCAUCACCCCGGCCAAGGGUCUGCGCAUCACUACAGCAAUUAUUGCUGCUCUUCUGGCAGUGGACAUGAUCAUCAUACUGGCAGUUCCACGACUUAGGCUCGAAGAGGGCUGGGUUGGCAUCGCGAGCGUUGUGUGGGCUCUCGUCAUGGCUGUCUGGUGCGUUCUGACCGACCGUGUGGUUGCUUAUGGCAAGAAGGAAGAGGAGGAGCGCCUUACUGGCCGUCCCGAGUCACGUCGCACGCUGAAAGAAUGGCUUGCUGUCCUCGCAGCGACAGUUCUCACUGUCGUCUUCAUCAUCAUCGUCCUCCUCAUGACCGCCACCCUUACCAUACGUUCAAUCGACGCUGGCCUCAAGAUGUACGGCGAGCGGGUCCUUGUUGACGGCGAUAAAUACGCUGUCCACCUUGCUUGCGUCGGCAACGAGACCAAUACUGCUGGCAAGAAGGUCACCACAGUUCUUCUAGAGGCGGGUGAGAAUCCAGCCGAGUACGACUUGGAGCAUUGGGCAUACGCAGCUUACAAGAACGAGACCAUCGACCGCUACUGCUACUGGGAUCGUCCUGGCUAUGCUUGGUCUGACAACGCUCCCUCUCCACACUCUGCCGGCAUGUCCGCCGACGCUCUUUCAGAAGCACUCGCCAAGUCCGGCGAGUCAGGUCCUUGGAUUCUUGUUUCUGCGGGAACAGGCAGCAUUGUAUCGCGUAUCUUCAGUUCUCGUCACCUGAAGCAGGUCACUGGCCUUCUUAUGAUCGAUCCUAUGCACGAGGACCUCCUACACCGUCUCUCUAACCCAAGCCGUGGCUUCCUGCUCUGGGCAUGGGGCAUCAUCUCUCCUCUCGGUACAGUCCGCAUCGCUGGCGCUCUCUUCAAGGGUCGCACAAGCUCCGAUCGCGUCUACGGCCGCAACGCAUACCAGUCCGGCAAGUUCAUCAAGGCUCAGCUACAAGAGAACCUUGUUGCGGACUCCUUGACCAAGAACGAGGUCGUUUCUGCUAGGAACAUCCAGAGCGCUGACACACCGCUCGCGAUUGUCAGCAGUGGCAUUGAGUGCCGCCGCGACUCUGAGUGGGAGCGCAAGCAGAAGGAUCUGACUUCGCUCACUGACAACCUUGUCAGCUGGGAGAUUGUCAAGAAGACCCCGCACGAGGUCUGGCACACUCUGGAGGGCCGCGAGCAGAUGGAGAAGAGCCUGGCUAAGCUCGUCAAGGCCGCGUCGAAGAUCAAGUCGUCUUCUGAGUAA